UAUUAUACCCUUAUUUUAUUGCUCGUCACAUGAGUCUACGUCCCAAGGUUAUCCAACCUUACCCGUAGGUCGUAAGAAAGGAAAUUACCUUGCUCAAAUCAUAUAAUUAUUUAGUGAUUAUUUAGUAUAUGUUAUUAGGUUAAUGUUAACAUUUUAUGAUCCUUCCUAUUUUUAAAAUGACGCUCUUGGCUGAAAAUAUUUUUUUGAAUUAUUUUUAACUUCCACCUUCAGUGAUAGUUCGAACCGAACAAAAAAUUGUACAUACUAUAAUAUCAUUCCAGAAUUUUAAACAUUUUGGCAAAAUUUUAAGUGAAAAUGGAAAAGGAUCCGUAUGAUUUUUUGGUUGAGGAGCCAGAGAAGCCGUUUUAUACGCGAAUGUUCGAGGGAUUUAAGAAUAAACCGUUUCUGUUUAUUGGAUGUUUGGGAACAUUGGGUGCGGUUGGUUAUGGAAUUCAAAGAUACAGAACUCGUGGUCCUGCAGUAAAUACCAGCGUCUAUGCAGUUCAAAUGCGUGUCUUGGCACAAGGAGUGGUUGUAACGAGUCUUUUCCUGGGUAUGCUUCAUCACUUGUACCUGGAACAUACCGAGAAAAAAGAAAAGGAAUUGAAAAAAGAUUGACUUUAAUAACAAGAUUAUUAUUGAAAAAUGUAGUAAAUUAAUUUUUUUAUGUAUAAAUAAUAUUUAUUUUUUUUUGUCGCUCAAGUACUAGACUUGUGUAUAGUUAAAAUAAAUAUUUUUGAUAUUAUUAUUUUUUUAAUUCACAACAAAAAUAGCUAAUUAUUUAAGAGAUGUUAAUUUUAUUCUAAUUAUAUCUACUCUGUGAAAGUGAUUAUGAAAAUGUACCUCUAGCCCAUUUACUUACACUCUAUGACUAAUGUUCAAUGAAAAAUUAUAUUUAUUUACUGUGAACUGUUGAAGAAUAAAUAAAUUUUAAAUAUAAA